AUGCAGCAAUUUGGGGGAAUCAACGCCCUCAACUAUUAUUUUAUCAUCAUCUUAACGAACAACGUCGGACUGGAUGAGCUUCUGGCACGAAUACUGACUGGGUGCAACGCGACCUCGUACAUGAUCUCGUCAGCUUGCGCUUUCUGGGUUAUCGACAAAUUCGGACGCCGCGUGCUGAUGCUCACCGGCCUUACUUUGCAAAGUUUUGCAUACGUAAUGGUCGCUCUCUCCGUUGCGCUGUUAUCAACCGCCCCCUUCGAGUGGGGUAUUGUCGCUGUUUCAUUCCUAUUCUUCUACUAUGCAGCAUUCGGAUGCACAUGGGGGAUGGUCCCUUGGGUGUACCAAUCUGAGGUCAACUCAUUGGCUAUGAGAACAGUCGGUGCUGCUGCUGCAACAUCUUCCAAUUGGCUUUCUGGCUUUGUCUGCACCCAAUUCACGCCUUCUGGUAUCGAAAACAUCGGAUACAGAUUUUACAUCAGUGAGGCCCUUUCGUCGCUUGUUCGCAUUAAGGGCGUUGAACUAACCUUGAGUCCUGAAGUAUUUGCCGUGUUCAACCUUGGCUUCAUCGCUAUUGUCUAUUUCCUAUACCCUGAGACAGCGAACCGAAAACUUGAGGACCUCGAUGCCUAUUUCGAUUGCGGCUCUGGGCACUCUACUAUUAUCCCAAUCGGGGACAAAAGUGCAAAGUCAUCCAAGAGGCCACAGGAAGCGAUCGAAGCUGAAGCCAGUCGGGUGGCAAUGGCUACAGCGAUUGAUCACAAGCCAAAAGGUUCCACAGCUGAACACGAGGAGGACAUUAGCCGUACGGUCAGAAGGUGCCACGCAGGUAUAUUGGACACUUGA